AUGGCGAGCUCCAAGCCGUGUAGAGCAGCCCAUGAUUUCCGCAGCGACACUUUCACCACCCCCACUCCAGCAAUGCUGGAUGCUAUGGUGAAUGCUACAUUCGGUGACGGUGUAUACGAAAAAGAUCAUACAACUAUCGAGUUCCAAAAUGAAAUCACUAGAUUAACCGGGGUGGAAGAUGCUCUACAUGGGCAAUCAAAUUGGGGUUCGAGUUCACCUCGACCGGCCUCCACACUCGAUUCUGUGCGAUUAUCCGCUUACGUCUAUGCUGAAGAAGGCUCGGGACUGGCAAUAUUGUCGCAAGCCAUGGUGACGCCUGUCCACCCUGCAAACGGAAUCUACUUGACCCUUGCCGACGUGAAACUGUGGGUAGUUUUGGGUGACGAUGUACAUGCUGCGCCUACAAAAGUUCAUCAAUCUCGAAAUUACCGUGGGGAGAUCCAUUGCGACGGGGCUCGAUUGUGGAAUGCUUCUGUGGCAAGCGGCCAUUCCUUAGCCAAUUAUUGCCAGUAUUUUGAUAGCGUUUCAAUGUGUGUUUCCAAGGGACUUGGUGCACCCAUUGGUGGGGUCCUUGCCAGCACCAAGGCGAGUGUCAAACAUGCAAGAUGGCUGAGGAAGCAACAAGAGCAGUGCCAGAAGUUCAGUUUGAAGCUGAUGGAUGAGCGAAUUGCUCUGCUUAAUCAGAUCAGUGAUGAAGCAAUUGAAAAUUUGAAGGCUGCCCAUUGCCAGUGUAGUGGAAAUUACGAAGAGCUUACUACCUGGAUACGUUCCCAGGGCUCAAGCCUGUGGUUAUAG